GAUCUCGAGUCUGCCCUCCGCCUCGCCUACAGCAACAUGGGCCCGCCGCUCACCCCGCCGUCCUCCAACGCAGAGCGCUCUGCGUCUCCCCCAUCCAAUGGCCACAGCUCGUCCGAAGGCGCAGGCUAUGCCCAGCGGAUCGAGGACAGCAAGGCUCAGGAGGCAGAGGGGCACCGGUGUCUUUGGCAGGAGUGUGGCAAGGUCAUGUCGGACCCAGAGGCUUUGUACAACCAUCUCUGCAACGACCACAUCGGCCGCAAGAGCACAAACAAUCUCUGCCUGACGUGCAAGUGGAAGGAUUGCGGUACCACCUGCUCGAAGAGAGACCAUAUCACCAGCCACGUCCGAGUCCACACCCCGCUGAAGCCCCACACGUGCGAGAUCUGCAAAAAAUCAUUCAAGAGACCACAGGACCUGAAGAAGCACGAGAAGAUACACACCGAAGAGCAUCAUGCCCAGCACAAGCAUUCGAAGGCAGUUACGGUCGCUGACCCGUCGUACAGCCAAAGGGUCCGGGGUGACAUAUCGAAGCCUAAUCCGUACGGUCUCUCCCAGCGUCAACCUCACUAUCAGAACGGCAACCAUGUUCCCCGAGCCGGGUCUGAUUCUACUGCGAUCAGUGGUUCCGGGUCGAGUCGGGGCCCUCUAACUACGCCAUCCCCUGAGAUGUUGCCUUCUCAAGUACACAUCGCGUCCAACUAUGGCGCGCAAUCGGCGCAUGAAUUGCUUCCGCAAAGCCAGCUGCCCACCUGGGAGGUCCUUAGGCCUGACGGCACGACCGCGCCUGCGGGUGCGGGUGCCAAGAGAUCAUAUGACCAUUCCAUGGAGGACUUCUUCACUGACAUGAAGAAACGGCGUGUUGCGCCUUCGUAUGACCCUGACAUGGCCGAUAGGCUCAAUCGCCUCGCAUAUUCGCAGGGGUUGGGUCAUCACGACCAGAAUAAUUUUAAUCCUCGCUCCGUCUCUUUUGACAUACGGACGCCCGAAGAACUUGCUGCCGUCAAUGACUUCCUCGUUACCCUCGGCCGCGAUGUCGCUGCGGGUGCCGUGCCGCGCCAGCAGCAGCAGCAGCAGCAGCAAAUGCAGCAUCGCCAGCAAGCUUGUAACUACUCUACGCACUCAAUGUUCGAUGCCGCAAGUCUAAGUGAAAUGGGUCUUGCAGGUAUGCCCGGCGUGCCUGGCUCUGGUGCUACGUAUCCGGGUGAACACGGGUACUCGUCCGCAGGCAGCAACAACAACCAUCAGUAUUCGUCUGUGCCGUAUCCAAGCACGUCUGGUCUGCGGUCGAAUCACCCGUCUGUGCAACCUACGGUCUACGGAUCACUGUACUCGGACGUCCAGCACGCGCCACUUACGUAUUCACCUUCCGAUGAGUUCGCUGCGCCUCCCCCGCUCACCCGACGGUCUAUCUCGAGUUACUCAAGCAAUCCAUACGUGCAGAUCAAUGCGUCGCCCGCCGAACUCGACUCGCCGCAUUCCCUGUCAUCGACGCCAUCUUCGUCUACGCCUCCGCAUAUGCCAUCAUCUAUUGAGAACUCGAUCUUCUACGAGGGCCUACGCGCUCCUCGCGUGCCUCCCCUGGUGCCUCGUCUCUCGCAGGCGGACUACGGCACGGCCUCCAGACAGACUAUCAUUCCCUUACAGAAUGACGGCCGGCCGCCUUUGGCUCCGCCGGAGCCCAUGGAGCCCAAGUUACCGAAGACCGUUCAUCGCGGUCCCCCCGCCAAACUCACGGCCUCGUCGUUGUCGUCUUCUCCCUCGUCCAAGCUAUACCCUCUGCUUCAAGAAGGGGACAGCAAAUAUAAACUCCCGCCCCUCAACCGCAUGUACCGCGACACACCCUCUCCCGAUUCAUCUCCUCGUUCUCCCCCGCCGAGAGACUCGACGCCAAGCUCGGGCCAUUCAUCGCCUGUUCAACAGCCGCGCACCUUGCCGGGCAUUCAUUCGAUCGCCUCGGGCGUAUCGGCUAGUCGUUCCGCCGAGCUCGACGAAAGACUAUCCCGGGAGAUUGGCCGGAUACGACUUGAGAGCAGUUCUAAAGAUAUCACUCCUGAACAACGUCGAAGACACGCUGAGCUCAUCCGGAACCUUUUGCUCGUUAUCAACGCCGACUUCAAGAAGCGUUUCGAUACGUCAAAGCUGCAGCGGACUUCUGCUUCGACUACAGACUACGAUAGGAUCGCCACCCGGUCUACUAGGGACGUUGAGAUGACAUCUGCCUAACUUAUUGAGCGGUCGCUGACUCGUUAUUCUUGUGUUGCUGUUAUCUUUGCCAUUCGCAAUAUAAUGUACACUAAAUAUUCCAUAUUAGCUAUGCUACAUCAGUCUUAUCGUUCAAUGUUGUAAGCUACAGAAUCAAAGCAAUGAUCAGACGUAAUGGAAGUCCGGACGUCACGUCUUCUUGAGGGUCAGUUUUAUUUUUGGUGCAGACCCUCCCCCAGUCGUCGGGGGUGGAAGGUCAGAGUCAUUCACCGCGGACAGCGGUGGGCUCGUAGCAAGUGGUGAAGGUACGGCGACUGGGAAUCCGAAGGAAGUCCCGGGACGAGACGACGGACCUAAUGUGGGUGAGAA